AUGAAGUUCACCGAUGGCAUGUGGAUGACCAAGGAAGGUUACACCUUCCAUUGGGCAGAGCAUGCUGAAAGAGUAUAUGUAAAGGAUGACAACCAGGGCGCUGACCUACUGCUCGUCAAGCGGCAGAAUUGGGUUGGCGACUCGUUAAACACACCUUCGAUCACUGCCAGUUUGAGAUCUCCUCGGGAAGGAAUCCUUGCCGCCAAGUUCACCCAUUGGGACGGAGAGGACGAGGGAGGUCCUCACUUUGAGCUGUUCGAGGAUCAGCCGUCGGUCAGACUUGACAAUGUCCCAGAGAAGCAGCUUCAAAUCAGUACAGGACCACUGGACUUGACUGUAGACACGUCUCGAAAUAACUUGAGCUUUGAGUACUCCAACUCGAAGGCCAAGACGGAAGUUGAAAGGCGAUUGAGUGGACAUUCGUUCAGGUCGAUUGGAUUCGUGUCCAGCCGAGACACGCCCACAUACUCCAUUGCCGACGGGCUGUACGCAGAGGAGAAGAAUUACAUGUUGCUAGAGUUCGACAUCUCGGUGCAUGAGCAGAUCUAUGGCCUAGGUGAGCGGUUCGGUCCUCUGGUCAAGAACGGCCAGAGUAUCGAUGUAUGGAACGAGGAUGGUGGUACUUCCUCGGAGCAAACAUACAAGAAUGUUCCUUUCUUCGUCUCUUCGCGAGGAUAUGGCGUCUUCAUCAACCAUCCGGGGAGGGUCAUGCUCGAGGUGCAAUCGGAGCGUACGACUCGAGUAAACGUCGCCGUCGAGGGCGAGUCUUUGGAAUACAUGGUAAUUGCGGGUCCGACGCUGAAGGAGGUCUUGGGCAGAUAUACGAGUCUGACUGGACGAGCCGCUCUUCCUCCAGCUUGGUCUUACGGCUUGUGGCUCACGACAAGUUUUCAGACCAGCUACACCGAGGAUGUUGUGAGCUCGUUCCUCGAUGGUCUCAAAGAGCGCUCCAUCCCUUUAUCGGUGUUCCAUUUGGACGCCUGCUGGAUGAAGACAUUCCAAUGGUGCGACUUCAUAUUUGAUGAGGCUCAGUUUCCCGACCCCAAGGGCUAUAUCUCGCGGGUCAAAGCUAGAGGACAUCGCUUAUGUGUGUGGAUGAAUCCGUACGUCGGACAAGCAUCGCCACUGUUUGCCGAGGGCAAAAAGAACGGAUAUUUCAUCAUGCGUGCGGAUACGAGGCGGCCAACAGUAUGGCAGUGGGAUGAGUGGCAGGCAGGGUGUGCCGUGGUGGAUUUCACCAACCCUGAGGCGCGGACGUGGUUCAGCUCGCACCUCCACCGGUUGAUGGAUCUGGGUGUGGAUUCGUUCAAGACCGAUUUUGGUGAGAGAAUCCCAUUCGAUCCCAAAAAGGUCAAAUAUCAUGACGGUUCAGACCCCGUGCGGAUGCACAAUUUCUAUGCUUUCUUGUACCAGAAGACGGUGUGGGAAUGCGUUCAGGCCCAUUCGUCUCAUACGACCGGCGCGGCCAAGGGCGAGAACCCGGUCCUCUUCGCCCGCCCGGGUACUGCAGGGUCGCAGAGAUAUCCUGUCCAUUGGGGAGGUGACUGUGAGUCCACGUUCCCUGCAAUGGCCGAGACCAUCCGCGGCGGGCUGUCCUUGUCCUUGUCCGGAUUUGCCUUUUGGGCCCACGACAUUGGUGGUUUCGAGGGCCUCCCGGAUCCCGCGUUGUACAAGCGUUGGGUACAAUUUGGAUUGCUUUCGUCCCAUUCGCGUUUGCACGGCUCAAGCUCGUACAGGGUGCCCUGGAUGUUCGAGGAGAAAUAUCCUGGCGAAGAUGAGAAGUGCUCGCGAGUGUUAAGGGAAGCCACGUUGCGAAAGUUGGCAUUGAUGCCGUACAUCCUGAGGCAGGGACUGGAGGCGCACAGGAACGGAACUCCAGUAAUGAGGGCCUUGUUCCUUGAAUUUGAAAACGACUUCAACACUUGGAACCUCGAUACCCAGUUCAUGUUGGGCAGUGAUUUGUUGGUUGCACCGGUGCUGGAUGCUUCCGGCUGGGUGCGUUUCUAUGUUCCAGAAACAGGCACGGCCACUGGAGCCAAAUGGAGGUCAUGGUUUGAUCACACAAAGACUUAUGAGGAGGGGAAAUGGUACGUCGAGACGCACGAUUUCAACACCCUUCCGCUCCUGAUCCGGUCGGGCGCGGUCAUCCCCUACAAUCCCUCGCUGAAGGAUCCUGAAGCCGAUUACCUCAACGGUUUGCAAGUUUUGGUCAAUGGUCCAAUCGCCGAAGACAAGGACGUUGAGAUUGUGCUACCUUCGGAUGUCUACCAUGUCGGCAAGACAUUCACUGUCGCUCAGGACCUGACGGUGCGAGCUGACGGUGUGGAAGUGGUUGAUCUUACCAAGAGGUCGGUGCCUGCUCUGAAAUGA